CAUGUCCAUAAUUAUGGAUUGGUUCACGAGACGGAUCAAAGUAAGUUCCGUUGCCAGGUGACCGAUGGGCCCAGAGAGCAGUUCAAACAACCUAGCCGACACUGGCGCAGUAGCGGAGAGGACCAUUCCGAAAUGUCACAAACAAACAACACCACCGCAGUCGAUGAUUCACUUCGCAACUAACUAAUUACUUGUCUCAUUCAUCGGAGAAGAAUCUAACGGUGCGGCCAGUAGAUAUAAUAGCAAAUAUUCCAAGAAGAAGUUUCCAAUCUCAUACUGGUUCUGUUGUCAUAACUAGUAAUGGCUGCUAUUCGCUGCGGAAGCGGGAAGGCGAAACUUCCGCCAAUCCCUCCGAUACCAGCCACCGCAGCAGCAUCGGCAUCAGCAGCCGUCGCUGCAGCUGGUAGCGCGCCGAAGCAGGUCUCAUCCACGUCUUUGCUCGGAGAGGGACAAGGUGCCAAUGGCGGAGUGACUGGGUCAGCGUCACAGACACUUGUCUCUGCAGCGGGCAGGGGAUCUUGUCACGAGCAUGUCGGUGCGGUGCUAAACAAUGCUGCGGGCGAUUGUAACACACUAUUGAGGCAACUGGUGCAGCAGGCGGAGCAGGUGGAACGUGACGUUGAGACACGGCUGAGAGAAGCGAUAAGGGAAGCUACAACUUUCCUUGCACAAGAGCUUGCUGCAGCUCAGACCAGAUUUGAGACGGAGAAGGCGGAGUUGUCGGCACAGGUCAAGAAGCUCGCUCUGGACUGUGCCGAGUGGGAGCGCAAAGACCAGGAGAGCCAGAGUACAAUCUGCACUCUCAAGAAGCGCGAGGAAACACUUGUCAAGGACACCGAAAGGCUCAGUGCAUCACUGUGCAGCGCCCAGAAAGCCCACCAAGACGCUGACGAUGCGCUGAAUGUGCAGCGACUUGAGCAUCAGAAGGAGCUGCAGAGCGUCAUGGACAAGUACGGCAGCCAGCUGAGCGAAAUAGACAAGUCUGGCGAGGAGAGCAAGAAGAGAAACCAGCAGCUCAACACCCAGAUCAAGCAACUGCGUGAUGCCAACAACAAACUGACCAGCAAGCUGAGCGAGGAAGAGGCACUCCGUCAAAAGCUGGAGAAACAGCGGAAAGAUGACCACACAGCCAGCACAUCCACGAGCAAAAAGCUGACUUUGGAGCUGUCGACAUUGAAAAGUCAACUCUCCCAGUGCCAACAGGACCUUGCCAAGGCUAAUCGAGCAGCUGAACAGUAUGAGAAGCAGUUGACACGACAGCAGAAUGAGCACAGUGAUGCCAUGAAGAAGAGCAAAAGUCAUCACGCAUCGGUGGUGACGGGUCUCAACGAGAAGAUCGAGCAAUUGGAGAGCGAAAUGGCAGAGCUAAGGAUGCACUACCAGGCGGAAAUAGAGAGACUGAGGAAGGAGAUGGCAGAGAAAAUGCAUGCCUCUCUGGACAACUGGCUCGGUGGAGACGACGCGCUGCUGAAGAAACUUCGAAAGCAGAACCAAGAGGAGAAGGGCAAGCUGGAUGCUGAGCGGCUGGCAGUGGGAAGCAGCAAGAAGAAAUCAAAUCGCCUCUAAGGGCAACACUAGCUAGUAGGGGAUGCUGUGUGACUUGUACCCAGACUCACUUGAAAGUAACUUCCAUGGGUAACCAUGGGUAACACUAGUGCCAGUUUGUAUUCUGGUCCAAUGGAUGCAGCUGAUGAUGAAUUCUGUACACCUUGAUCUGAGUGUCUUCUCAUGUAAAAGCUAAGUGCUGUAGGAGUGGCACGACAGAGAUUGGAGCACAUGCUUGGCAUGAAUUGAGCGACAACAUCAGAACUCUGACUGAGCAUUUUUUUCUAUUAUUUUUACUUCAAUAAUGAGAGGUUGCAAGUGCAACUGGAAACAACUAUCAGUUAUUGGCAAGUUAUUGCAGCUUGUCAACAAGCCGCAAUGAUCUCAGUACUAGCUAUUUUCUUGAACAGUUAGAGCUGUUUUGUGUGAACCACUAGCUCAUAAUGUCAUUAUGAACUUGUGGCUUGAGA